UGUUUCUAAUUCCUUUGCUGUUUUGCUGCAAAAAUGGACGUUACAAGGGAGGACCCUUUUCUUACUUGGCUAUGGUACACUCUUUGUGCUUCGUUGUUGGAAUCUAAGUUUUGUUCCUUCACUUUUUUGUUCUGUUUUGGGUUGUAUUCGCUAGCUAAUUCUACUCCUCCUCAUCUUAGAUAUGGUUAAUUUUGUGAUUUUGUCCAUGUUUACUUGAUUAUUUCAUUUGGGGUACAGGAAGAGGUGGUUUUCUGGGGAUGUUAUGUCUAUUGUUGCUGAUUUUGUUGCAGCAUUUGUAAUUUAUUUCCUCUUUCAAGUUUAAAGAAAUCAGAGAUGGACUACUUGGUAAGUUGCUUGUUAUGUCUUCUCUUCAUCUGGUUUUUGGUUCAAGUUUGUAGUUCAGUCACAAGUGGAAGAAGAGAAAGUUCUGUUAAGCUCCCACCUGGUCCACGGCAGAUUCCAGUAUUUGGAAACCUCUUGGAUGUUGGUGACAAACCCCACAAGUCUCUGGCCAAGCUUGCCAAAACUCAUGGCCCCAUAAUGAGUCUAAAACUGGGCAACUUAAUCACAAUUGUAGUUUCCUCAACAGACAUGGCUAGGGAAGUUCUUCAGAAGAAUGACCCUGUCUUCUCUGACCGAACCGUUCCUGAUGCCGUCCGAGCUCACCAGCAUCAUGAAUUUGGGCUGCCUUUUGUACCCGUUUCCCCUCUUUGGAGAAGCCUUCGCAAAGUAUGCAAUUUGCAUAUCUUUUCUAGUCAGAAACUUGAUGCCAAUCAGCACCUGCGGCGCAGGAAAGUUGAACAACUCCUCGCCACGGUUCGAGAUAGUGGCCGUCUUGGCGAGGCAGUGGAUAUAGGUCAAGCAGCUUUCGGUGCUAUAGUAAAUUUGUUGUCUAAUAGCAUUUUCUCUGUGGAUUUGGCUGACUCAAAUGCACAAAGUUCGCUAGAGUUCAAGAAAACUGUUUGGAGUAUCAUGGAAGAGGCAGGAAAGCCUAACCUGGCUGAUUACUUUCCUUUGCUCAGAAAGAUUGAUCCGCAAGGUAUAAGGCGCAGGAUGACUGUUCAUUUUGGGAAGUUGCUCGAGCUUUUUGAUAGAAUGUAUGAUGAGCGGUUGCAGCUGAGGAAAGGGAAGGGUUUUGCCACAACAAAUGAUGUCUUGGACACUCUAAUCCACAUCACUGAAGACAAGACAGAGGAGCUGAAUAGAACACAAACAAUCCAUUUGUUAAAGGUGUUAUUUGUUGUUGGAACUUGUUGGGGGAGACAUGCGGCUUAGUGGGGCGACAUUAAGUGGUUCAUUAUAUGUUUCGACACCAUAUUGGAAUCCAAAGACUAGCUUCUUAGUUUCAUGGGUCUUCAUACAUAUAAGCCACUCUUCACACUCACAAGGGAACAUACUACAAUACUUCCCCUUUCACUUGUGGGUUGUGAACACACCGUGAAAGUUCAUCCAUUUUUUUUUUAAUUUUUUUGACAUACAUAUAUGACAUGAUCCAUGUGUAUACUUAUCAUUGAAUUUA